AUCGCUAUACCCCGUCUCUUUCCUUCUCCUCCUUCCGUGUCCCGUCGUGUCGCGUCUCUCUCUUCGGUCCCCACAUGCGUCGCUGUCGCAGACUUUGGCUCAGCCUUUUGUGGGUCCCGGGUGGGCGUGCGUUCGACCAGUCGAGACCGAUCUUCCAGUGGGGCUUCACGCAGACGUCCCAGCAGGCCCUCUCUAGCUCCCUGCCCUCAUGUCACACGUUCCCGAUCGUUGUUACGCCGCUACAGACCGCCGGUGUACCUCCAUUCUACAUGAUGGCGUUUGCCGUUGGCGGCGCCCCCGUCACGUCCCUCAUUGGCUCGAACCCGCGUGCCCUCGAGUGGACUGUCCAACAUUCCAUCGGUUCGGAACUUCUCUUGCAGGUCGUGGACUCGCAGGGGACGUCAGGAGGAGUGGAUAACCGGCUCUACACAGUCAUUGGCAACGCAGCGGGUACCUCGACUCAAUGUGUCCCCACCCCAACGUCCGACUUUAUCGUCUCUUCGAAUGUGACCUCGGUGUUAGAAACCUGCCAACCGUGGGGACUAUCGAUUCAAGGGGGCACGCCACCGUACAAUGUUACACUGGCAGCUCUGAACGCACCCGAGGUGACGAAUGUUACGCUUGGCGCGGACGAUGACCUUUUCACGUACAUCAACCGCGCAGAGUCAGGAACCCGCAUGAUAGCUGCCGUGAGCGACCUGUCUGGCCGAUGGGCGAGCGGCAGUCCGUUUAUCUCGACGCAAGGCUCUUCGAACGUCACCUGCCCCGGCCUGGAGAGCACGAGCUCGAUGGGGAACAACACGAUGUCGCUCUUCACGCCAACCGCAGCCCCUCCCGUGAACACGCACCCAUCGUCACCGGCCGACGAAGUGACGAAAAUACAAGUCGGGCUGAUCGCCGGCGCGACCGGCGCAGUGAUCCUUCUCCUCUUCGCGCUGGCCACCUUUUUCGCGCGCCGGCGGUACAUCAAGCGACGGCAGCUGCGCGAGUCGAUCAUGGGUGUGCGCCCGUUUCUUGACCACGGGCCCGCCUCUAUCACGACGUCGUCCGAGCAGUCGCGCAUGAGCUGGUACUUUGGCGGCUCCUCGACCGGCGGUGGCCCGGAGUCCGACGUGGUGAUGCCCGCCAGCCCCGGGCCGAAGAGCCCUGGAAUCAGCGAUCCGGGCGCGGCUCUGGUGCCCAUGCGACGCGUGCGAUCGACCGAGCGGAUCCAGCUGGGACCGGCGAGGCAGGUCGUGCGGGAGCUCCCCCCACCUUACGUGGAUCGGACGGCGCUUGCGAUGCCCUGGGACUACGAGCUGAAGAUGAUGGUCGAGCGCCCUGGAUACCGCGCACCGCGGCACGUAACCGAUUCGGAGGACGGGCUGAUCGAUGCGGCCGCGCUCGCGCUCAUGUACCAGAUGAUCGCGGAUGGAUACGCUGCAUCCCGCGGCGUGUGGGCGGAGAACCACGCGAAUCAGGCGCGGCAGGGUAUGCCGGGCUAUGAGCGGCUCGAGUGCGGUCCCAAUGGCGCGCAGAAGAAUGUGGAAGCGUGGCUGGUGGAGUCUGGGCUCUUGCCUGUGCAGGAGAUUGGGGAGCCGGAACUAGCGGAUAGCGAACCGGACAUCCUGCCCUCGACACCAACAAGGAAGCGCCGGCCCUGGCUGCGCUCCAGGGCGUCAUCGUCGUCGUCUACUCCAGCCUCUUCUUCAGUGCCGACGCCGCCAGCAGUCGCCUCCCCGCGCAAACGCGUCCUGUCCGUAUUCCAGAGGAAGUCUCCCGUCAAGACGCGCAGACGAUCUCAAACGCUGCCCGCCGACUCUUCGCCCCCCUUCACUCCCCCACCGCCGCUGCGAUGCCGAUCCGCAUCCGCAUCCGUAGAGUGCUUGCCAUUCAGCUCUGCGGAACCCGGCGACUCGAUGCUGACGACCGCGUACAAACGGGCGGUGCAUCUGGGCGCGAUUACGGACGAGGAUGUGGCUGCCAUCGCACAUCGACAUCGCGGCGUGCCAGAUGAGACUGGCCUGGAGUCGUCGGCCCCGGUCCCGAUUGUGCCGAAACCCGUCCCGGUGGAGAAUCCUGCGUCGUUUCGGUGGCAGUUCCCUGAACUGGUGAAACCUACGGGGGUCGAAGUGGUGACUGUUCCUCCCGAGUCAGUGCCCCCCUCCCCGAUUCCACCCGCUCGGUGGUAUCACAUCGCCCUGAUUCUCCUGGCGCUGUACUUCACGCUCAUCCUGGUGCCGGCGGUUCUCUUCGUGCGGGUCGCUUGGCGGCUGCUGCUCGGCGUCUUUCUCGUCCAUUAUCUGUUGGUCUGGGCCGUGGGCCCGGAUUCUGGUUUCUGAUCGGACGAAAUGCACUGGACUUGUUUAUAUUGUACAUAUAUUGCACACAUACUCUGUAGCUAUACUGUCAUGUCUCUGUACUCUCCAUAACAACAACUGGACAGAUCCUCAAUAUGGGGGUGGUGCCUCGGAGUCGCGGUAAGCGCUGUGGGAAUGUGGAUCUCUGCUUCCAGCCUCACUGCCGGCGGUGGGACUGGUCGUCGACGGAUGCACAGGCGCGGCAAGCGCAGAGUCGGGUGCCAGACUCGCUGCAGUCGGCUGCGUCCAGCCGACAUCCACUGUUUGUGUUGUUUCUCAGAGGAAGGGAAGCCCAGAUAGCUGUGCGACUCACACGUCUUGCCCGUGCCGUCAGAGUUUGCGUGCUCGGUUGCAGGUGCGGUAGAGCUCAGGGCCUGCGGCGUGAGCGAGAACGGACGGGCUGUGCGCAUGGAGAGUGCUGAUUCCUGGCUUUCGACACCUGCCGCAUCCUUCACUCUCCUUCGUUUGGCCAUGAGAAGCGCGAUCAGCAGUAGCGCGAGGGCUGCGACCCCGCCGACAACUCCGCCGGCUAUGGCGCCUGCGG